UAUAUGCAGAAACAGAUAAUUAUGUCUCUAGUUUAUUCACAUUAAAUGGAAAAUUGAAUUCCACCUCCUUCAUUUCUUCUCCUCUUAAUUAAUCCCUUUUGAACCCUUUAUAGUUGCCUUCAUUAAGAUUUUGAUGCAUUGAUAGCAUCAAAAUAUGGUGGCCACAAGCACAAAUGAGUUGGAGGCAGGAACUGUUUCUAGGUAUGACAGGAAAAGUGAAAUCAAGGUAUUCGAUGAAUCAAAAACUGGGGUCCAAGGACUGGUAGAAAAUGGUGUGACAAAGGUUCCACGGAUGUUCUAUUGUGAACACUCUAAUCUCAGUGAUGGAUUAACCACAGAAUCAAAUUCAAACUUCACUAUCCCCUCCAUAGACCUCACUGGCAUCAAUGAUGACCCUAUUUUGAGAGAUGCUGUUGUGGGAAAAGUUAGAUAUGCAUGUGAAAAGUGGGGCUUCUUUCAGGUUACAAACCAUGGAAUUCCAACUCAAGUUUUGGAUGAGAUGAUCAAAGGAACUGGCAGGUUUCAUGAACAAGAUGCCAAGGUGAGGAAAGAGUACUACACCCGUGAUAUGAGCAGGAAAGUUAUUUAUCUUUCCAACUUUAGUCUUUAUCAAGAUCCAUCUGCUGAUUGGAGGGAUACACUUGCAUUUUUUUGGGCGCCUAAUUCACCCAAUGAUGAAGAAUUGCCUGCAGUUUGUAGAGAUAUUGUGCCUGAGUACUCAACAAAAGUAAUGGCACUUGCUUCUACUUUGUUUGAGUUACUGUCAGAGGCUCUUGGCCUUGAUCGCUUUCACCUUAAAGAAAUGGGUUGUGAUGAAGGGCUUCUUCAUCUGUGUCACUAUUACCCAGCAUGCCCUGAGCCAGAAUUAACUAUGGGCACUAGCAGGCACACAGACGGUAACUUCAUGACAAUACUUUUGCAAGACCAAAUGGGUGGCCUUCAAAUUCUUCAUGAAAAUCAAUGGAUUGAUGUGCCUGCAGCACAUGGAGCUCUUGUAGUGAACAUUGGAGAUCUUCUGCAGCUAGUGACUAAUGAAAAAUUCAUCAGUGUUCAACAUAGAGUUCUAGCAAACCAUCAAGGCCCAAGAACAUCAAUUGCAUCCUUUUUUAGAAUUGGUGAUCAGUCACCAGAGGGACUCUCAAGAGUCUUUGGUCCCAUCAAGGAACUGUUAUCUGAACACAAUCCACCAGUGUACAGAGAAACUUCUUUAAAAGACUACUUGGCACAUCAAUACGCAAAGAGCAUCGGAGCUUCUUCACUGUCAUUAUUCAAGUUGUGAUUAUGAUAAAUUGCAUGCAACACUUGAUGUUUUCAGAACAAGUUGUGGUUUAUCUCAUUUUGCUAAAAUUUGGUACAUGGCUAUGUGGCUUCAAGAACUGAAAACUAUGGCAUAUUGUAUUCUUUGAAAAAUGUAUCCGUUUAGACUAGAGAAAAAUAAUUAUGCACCUUGGGUUCUCAAAUAUCAACAUAAAACUUGAGAGAAGCUUUAUAGCAUGUAUUUAGAUAAUCUUGAAGGUAUGAAUUAAAUAGAAGAAUUUAUUCUACA